CACUGCAGGCAGAAGAGCACUUCGAUAGCACAGCAAAUAUUUUUCUUCAAUAUCUUACUGCCCCGAGUAAAAUGGUGUCGAAGUAACAUACUAGUGUUUUUUUUUUCUUCUUGGAGAUGGAACUGGUUGCCUGUAAAAUUUUCCGUUUGAAAAUUACAAUUGACAUGAGAGUGGCAUCCCUGAUGAAGCCAUUGUCUGUGAUGUGAUUAAAUGCUUGUGUGAUAAUUUGAAGAGUACUGUCUGAAUAGCUUGCUGACAAAGCUGACUAACCUGGUUGAAUUUCCAGCAUCCUUAAACCAGCCUCAAAAUAUCCACACCAAUUGAAGUUGCUGAGCCUUAAAACUGUUAUCUGUAUGUGCUGCUCUAACAAUUUUUCAAGCCCUAGGAAACAUGCAUCCACCGAUACUUGUUUGUUUCACUCAACAACUUUUGCGCGCCUGAAUUUCGAACUGAUGUGUGCACACUAGUUGCGUUAACCCAUGAUGGCUUUGAGACAUUUUCUCGUGGUUGAGAUUUUACUCAUCUACUUUAUGAAUGGAUGCAGCAAUGCUACCAAUGAGGUAUGCAAGACCUCCAUAGGAGCAUCCACUCAAGAUUGGAUCAAAUGGGGAGACAACUUCUACAAAGUCAUCAUGGAGAAGAUGCCGUGGCUAGAGGCAAGGGAUGCCUGUGCUGAGAUGGGUGGAGUGAUGGUCACCCCAAAAUCUGAGAAUGAGGGUCGAUUCCUCGCUGGGAUCACACCCUUCUCAGAUAAUACACGUCAUUUCUGGAUCAACUGUAAUGACCGACUGGUAGAAGGUAUUUGGGAGUGUGAUGGGAAAACAGAUAUUCCCUACCAGGCUUGGCUUAGUAUUGAGCCAAAUGAUUAUGGCGUAUUAGGAGAAGAUUGUGGAGUAGCCUACAAGGGAGGCAUCAGAUGGGCUGAUAGCCCAUGUUCCUUUCAGUUACAUGCAGUGUGCAAGAAGCCUGUAGCAGUGCUUCACUUGUAAAAACACAAUCACUCAUGGAAUUUCAUUCCAAAUUCAAA